UAGCACAGCAGUUUGUGUAUUGUUCAAACACACAUUGUUUUUGUUUUUUAUUUCGAAAUAACACGAGAAUUUUACCAAGAUGUCGUCCAGUGAGAUAUAUCGUUACUAUUACAAAACUUCUGAGGAUUUGCAGGCAUUCAAAACGAGUGCGAAUGAGCCGUACUUCAAUCCAAUGGCCGCCUAUAAUCCACCGCCACUAGUUAGCAAUAAUAAUAAUCAUCACAACCAGCAACAACAAUUCAAUUGUGCACCAACCAACAAUUUUCUAUCGACCAACGGCUUCAUCACCUUCGAGCAAGCUUCUUCCGAUGGCUGGAUUACCUCCUCGCCAGCUAGUCAUCGCUCCGAAAGUCCCGAGUAUGUGGAUCUCAACACCAUCUAUGCGAAUGGUGCUACACACAAUGGCGCUCAUUCGCUGCACGCAACUGUAACGCAAUUCGGUUUGCAUUUGGAGUCUCCGUCAGUGCCAACAAGUACGCAGCUAACGGGAUUAACAACAACGCCCUCAGCCGCAAUCGCCAAAACGAGUGCCUCCAAGGGUACCGGCAGCAACAACAACGGAACAACGAAAGCAAAACGUUCUUAUACACGCCGCACACCAAAAACAACUCCAGCUGCAUCAGCGGAGCUCCCACCAAUCACCAGCGAUGCCAUCGUUUCUAUAGCCACCAAUGCCGCGGCUGCGAUCAGCGCGAACCCUCAUAUAAUCACCAACAAUGCCUACACACACGAUUUCCAAAGCUUUGAUUUUGAUCACGCCGCCGCAUUAUUUGAUGGUGACAGUGUCGACGACGAAGACGUCGACGAUCAUAUGCUGCUUUUCGGCGCGGACGAUGACUUCGAAGCCGCUGAUGGUUCUUUCGAGCUUGUCGAUCAACCGGGCGUAAUGCAGUCAGAAGGGGCGACUGGUGCCAUCGCACAACCCGCCGGCGCUAAGAAACGUCGCGGCAAACAAAUCUCACCGGUCAUCAAGCGUAAGCGUCGUUUAGCGGCAAAUGCGCGAGAACGUCGACGCAUGCAGAAUCUAAAUGAGGCCUUCGAUCGGUUGCGUCAAUAUCUGCCGUGCCUGGGCAAUGAUCGCCAGCUUUCCAAGCAUGAGACGCUACAGAUGGCGCAAACAUACAUAGCGGCGCUGGGCGAUUUGCUGCGCUAAGACCAAAGAUGGUGCAAACGAAGCUCUGGUUCUGGGGAGUUGACCGUAGUAGUAUUUUUUAUUGUUGUGCGAUACAAAUGACUGAGUUAGAAAAUGUGUGAAAUAGAAAUUCUGUUGUAUUAUAGAAGUUUCCUUAGUUGUAAGAGUGUAAUUGUUGGAAAAUAUUUAUUUAAGAUUAGUUAGAAAUGAUAAAAAGAAUUGAAAUAUAAAUUUUGUAUAUAACUAAACUGGAAGACAGAAACCGAUGCCUAAUUUUAGUUAAAAGAAAAUAAUAGAACGAAAUAUGUAAUA